CAGGGCGGGGAGAGGGGGUUCGGGCGGAAGGCGGAGGGAGAGAGCUUCUGUUCGUAGAGCUGCUCGGGCCGGAUGAUGCUUACGGAGCUUGGAAUCUUGCUCUUACUGCGUACUGGCAUUGCGGCAGCAGUAGGAAUGGCCAGAGCUCUUUGUUUUGAUUAGGAACCUGCCAGACUCCAAGUGGGAGCUGAAAUGUCCCUGAACUGAAGGCCAGAUUACUUGGUGCAUCACCUUGAGACAUCAGAGAAUGCAAUGGACUUUGAAACCGCUGCAGGCAUCCGUGGCUGUAGAAAUGAGAUAAUGCACCGAAAGGACCUCAAUCUUCAGGAGGAAGAAUUACAUUCAGAUGACUUUUUGUCAGAAGACAGCCAGUCCAAACAAAAAGCGGAAAAGCGCAGAGCCAAAAAGAAGAGGCAACGAGAGCGAAAAAAACUUGAGAAGAAAAAGCAUCUGGAAGAGAACGAACAGGAGCCGGAGUGGGAUGUUAAUAGUGCGUUUGUCGCCAACGCUGCCAGUCACCUAAGGCCCAAGACAAGGAACAAAGCAGACAAGAAGCACAAUAGUAACAAGGAGAAUGAAGGGAAGAUUCGAGAGGGUGACUGCUUGAACUCUUCUAUCCAAAGGGGAAGGCAACUUGCUGAACUUGGUAUUAAUUAUGUGCAAGAAGGAAACUAUACCAAAGCAGUAGAACUGUUUAGUGAGGCCAUCGGGUUAGAUCCAGAGGAUUACAGAUAUUUUGGGAACCGUUCUUACUGCUACGAGCAGUUAAAGCUUUAUCCUGAGGCACUCAUGGACGCUGAAGUUUCUAUCGAACUAUCCCCUGACUGCCCUAAAGGCUAUUUCAGAAAAGGAAGAGCUUUGAGAGGCUGCAGUAGGAUUGUGGAGGCAGAAGAGGCUUUUAAAAUGGUCCUCCAGUUGGAUCAAAAUUGCGAGGAGGCUUCGCGAGAGAUACAGACCUGUCAAGUAAUGAGGCUCAUGGAACAAGGUUUUACCAAGGAACAAAGUAUUAACUUACUCAAAGAAUUUAAAUCUGUGGCUGCAGUUUUGGAAGCUCCCAUCUCUGCUCACGCCUUAGACAGCAAUCUGAAUGUGGCCUUAGAGGACUCAGUGGAAGAAGAGGCUUUCUGCUUAAGUGAUCUAUCUGAAACGCAGAGCGCUUCCUUGUGGGUGGGAAACAUCACUGAUCAGAUAACAGAGAAGCAGCUGAGAGACCUCUUUAAAAGUUAUGGAGAAAUUCACAGUAUUCGACUUCUUGGUGAACGGUUUUGUGCAUUUGUGAACUUUAAGUGUGUUGCUGCUGCUGCCAAAGCCCUGGAUGCUCUGCAGGGCAAGGAGAUAGAGAACACAAAAUUAUUGAUUCGAUACCCAGACAAGCCUUACCGACCCCCUGCUGUGAGCACUUCAGAAUCAGGCUUGAUAAGUUCCAAGAGGAAAGGGACAAGUAAAGUAAGUGAAUGCUAUUACUGGAGAUCCAGUGGCUGCAGCUUUGGAGAUAAAUGCCGAUACAAACACAUUCCUGAGAACAAAGGGGUGGACAAGAAGCCAUGGAAGUGCUAGCCCAUUUUCCACAUUGCUACAUCCAUCCUGGAUCCAUUCAUGUUUGCAGUGAGACAUUAAGAAGAACCAAACUAAAACACAAUGCAACAAGGUUCCAAGUGCACUUGUAGUAGAUACUGAAACCGUGAGAGCAUACCCCUUACCUUAGAGGACGCCUCUCAUUUGUGCACUUAAGAUUGCUCUAUGGAAUGUCAAACUUCUUUAAUGUGUACAAGGCUCAACCAAGCAUUGGCUUAUCCAUCUCUAUGUUCUUCAGUUGCAAAAUAAGAGCUAUGUUUAACUGCAUCAUCUCACCUUAUAGCGUUGAGAUGCAAGACGUGGGAGAUUGCACUUUAUUGCAGAAUUGCAGGUUGCUAUGUUCUGUCCAUCUAAGAUCACAUCCAGAAGUGAAAAAAGAAGCACUUUUAGACCAAACUGAAUCAUUGGCACCAUUCUCAUUGAGUUGAUAUUUGCAAUCGGACAAAUGUCCGAUUGGCCCUGCUUGGAAUCCCAGCACAAAACCAAGAUGCAGAGGACAAGAUAUGAAAUGAGUGUUUCUGCAAUCCUAGCUGCAUGUUGGAAAGGUAGACUUGGCUCUGUUGAAUAUGUACCCCAACCAACGAAGAACUGGAUCACCCUAUCUGAACAUAAGUGUCCAGUCUUGUAUACUUGGAGCAACCGCUUUACAUUGUGUGUAAAUUGGGAUUUAUAAGGACCAAAAUCUAAUACUUAUCAUGUACUGAAAAACUACAGCCAAAGAAGUCAUGUUGUGCCUUAUUUUAUAUCAAUGUUUCUACUGGCAAUACUUGCAAUAUUUACACUGUAUUAUUGGGAAAAAGUGUUUACUUUUGGAGUGUUUAUUAGUAUUGUCCUUUUUUGCAUAAGAUAAUGAAGCCCAGGGUAUGAGACUGGAUGGAUAUUCGGUCUCAGAAGUAUGGUGCCUAUCUGUGCACUCCUGUCUGUAUUAAGCAAUUGGCACUUAAGUAUCAAAGCUGAGAGGUAAGUGUUACCCUCUGUACAAACUGGGUUCAUUGUUCAUUUAUUGUAUAUCAGAUGGACAAUAUAAGAGCAUAGCUUAUUGUAUGCAUGUAACAUAUUGUCUCUCAAUAUCAACACAAAAGAUAGCCUUGAAAUUCUUUGACAUAUCAUAGACUUAUUAUACACUUCAGUGGCCAUUUAUUUCUGAUUUUGAUGUAAAUGCUCACCGAAAGCUCCCACUCGUUGAGUAAUUCAAAGAACGAAUGUUCAGUGUACAAACUAAACUAUGCCCUCACACCCCUAUGGGAAUCAUUUAUCAUUUACAGCCUUUGGUCUGUUGUAGUGCCUACAUUUAAAGUAGUUUGCAUUUGCAAGUGGCCAUAAACAGACUUAUUUUCUAAUGUAGUUGAUUGAUUGGUGGUGGCUGAACAGUCAGAUACUAUUCGAGGCGCCAUGCACAGUAAUAGACACCGUUCUGUUGUUUCGUUGCCCCAUUUAUUAAUGCGCCAUGCAUGGACAUUUUUUAAACUUGCCCAAUCAAUAAUCAGCCAAUAUCCGUGGUACAAAGAUAUUUGCCAAGAUCGCCUGGGGGCAUACCCAUACUGAAAUCAUACAAAACAGUGUGUGUAACCAGCUGGAAUUCUGGGAAAGAUGUAAAGAUUGGUACAAAUUUGGUGAAUUGCAGUGAUUCUUUUUGCACUUUACAAACUGCAUGCUCUUUAUGAUCCCAGUGUUAAUUUAAGAAAUAUCAUGUAAAGCUGAUACACACUAGGGUACAUUAUCCCUUGAAUCACUUUACCCCUGAACUAACCUUCUAGGUGUUAAUGAUACAGGAACUAGGGGUACUGGAAUGCAGAUCAGUAAUACCCCCAAAAAUCUGUUUGAGACACACAUAGCUGUAAGCUUUGUUUAUUUGCUUUCACAGCAAAUCUUUUGCACAUGCCUAGAAGUUUUCCUUCAGAGUUGUUGCAUUACUUGCUUGUUGCACUGCUCCUGUCUCCAGUCAGUGUGUGUAUUUAAAUGUCCAGUUUCAGUAAUAAUAUGGUUUAUGUACUGUGCAAACCUCUCAGGCCUGCUUCUGUCUAUCCUGAUGAUUAUUUGUGAAGAGUUUUGUGAUAAGAGUGUGUCAUUAGCAGCUUUACCAUGAAAGAGCCACCUUAUGCUUCAGAAGCAAAAUAGGCAAAUCAUGUAAACCUUGCUAUUCUGAGCAUAAAUAACAGGUUUUUGCAAUCUCAAGCAGCAUCCUCUGUGGUCUCAGCCGUAUUUGUCUUAAGUGAAUAGAGUUUAUCUUCCAUGUAUUAUCUCUUACAUAGGCGGUAAAGUAAUGGGGUAAAGCUGUGUACGCAAUAUUCUUCCUCAACAUAUUUCCAUUUAUAAGUUCAAUAUCACUGGGAAUAGUGGUGUUGCCUUUAGAUAAGGAUUUCUCUGCUAAUGAAAGAGCAGCAGUACCUUGAGCUAUCACAGAGAUGGUGCUUAUGCUGCUGGUGUCUAUGGAGAUUGCAUGUACUGAGUAAUAUGACCGCUCCCAUUCAGAUAUAUUAAUGGAACCAUGGAGAGAAGAAAUAGCUUUGUGCACACAAGAUGCCCCACACUCCUCCUAAAAAGGUGGUGUAUUAGAAUAUAAAUCUAGAAUAUAAAUAUGCCCUUUGAUCUCUUAACAGCCCAAGUUCUUCCUUACCAUCAUAUUCAUCAUGCUUUCUCUGAUACUGAUGUUCUAUUCCCUAGCCAAGAUCAGCAAUAUUCCCGAUCUAUUUCUCAAUAUAUUUUGCAUUGAGCAAUCCCUCUUAUCCUUUGGAUUCACCUAUGGACUCUAAGCAGAUUAUACAAAUGUUCUUCUGAGCCUUAAACUUUCAGUCCUGUCUAGAUUAGCAAAUAUCUCCAUGAAAUCCUUUCUUGAAUAACUGUUGUUUAAAGCUCAGUAUAUUACUGACAAUAGUAAAAAGCCUACCCAGGGGACCAGAAAUGACUAAAAUAUUGAUUACCCAUAAAAAUAGAAGGGUGACCAAAGUGGGACACUCAAAAUGAAACUACAACAUGCAUAAGGUGCCAAAAAAGUAAGUUUUAUUAAAGCCAUAAAAACCAGUAUCAUUAAAAGGAUAAUGAAAAACCCACAAGUGGAAUGUUUGCAAACAGUCAAUGGCCAACACACAUGGAAAAAUAAUGUUACAAAUUCCACCCAAUCAGUAUCCUGUCUGCCUACAGUCCAUCUGGGCAGCCCAUCGUGUCAAAGACAGAUAUUAAAGUCUUUCCAUCCCAAGCUUGCAACCCUAUUCUCUUCUGCAUUAUCAGUGUCAUCACUAGACACUAUUUGUGCCCAAUAUCUAAGGGUUAUACUACUAUAUGAUGCUUUACAUCAGCCCUUUUGUAAAGUGAAGUCACUACAGAACACUGGCCUUAUUAACUUUAUCAUGGUGCUCCCUGGUUUCCCUACCUGGGACAUUCAACCUGUAAUCUGUGUUCAAUAGAGCACCUUACCGAUCUACUGUUCUGCCCCGUAUUUACCUCCAGUUCAGCUAUAAAAUCCUCUUUCAAGGUGACUUUUGUGCUCCUCCUAAUACCAAACACUUAUUUGACAUCAGGAUGGAACAGGCUCUAUGUAUCAGAUAGGGACCCGCCAUCCUAACGUUCAAUAUGUGUCUCAAAUCCAAGCUUUAAAUUAUUGAAGUUAUUUCUCUGAUAACUAACCCUCUCUUUUAUAUAUGCACAAUAUAUUGGUGGAAACUUUCUUUUGAUUUUAAUUAAUAUUUAUCCAUAUUUAAAUGUAUUUAUCUUAGUUUUAGUGCAAAUGCCUUAUCCAGUAAAAAUGUUUGUCGCCACUUUCUUCCACUUUUCGUAUAGGCCUUUGUGUAGUGGCCUUCCCUGUGCUCUGGAUGUGCCUAUGUGCCAGAGAUGGUAGCUGCAAUAUACAGGGUUGUACACACAGAAACGUCCAGCCCAGUUAGGUCAAUGUACAGAGGGGCUGUAACUUUUGGUUCAUGUUGCCGAUUUAUUUGGGAAGGCACACAGCAGCUUGAUGCAAUGAGAUUAAUGUUUAGGCAAAUUUAUAUCUAGGAUUUUAUCAGUUUUUUACCAGAUUGUACCUGUUGUUGCUACUACUGUUUGCAGUGCUCUAUGUAUUGCUGAAUCUUUAUACACUGUUAAUCUUAUAAACGUGUACCAAGUUAGGUACAUAGGUGGCGCUGUAUGAAUGAGAACACUGCCUAGGCGAUCCCUUACUUGCCAAAAAUGAUUUCACUUCUGAAACUCCUAUCACAUAGCAUAUGCCCUGCAAUUAGGGUUUUUCAGGGUUACUGGGCCCCCACAUCAAGAACUUUAGGGUCAUCGCCAAAACCUUUUGGAACAUGAUCUUUUUAUUUAUAUUUAUGGAAAUUGUGAAUCAGCCAUGACCCCUAUUAAGACCCCUACAUUUUUCAACGCCCCAAGGGUCGCUGAACCCGCUUUUUUGGUUAUUUAUGAGCAUGGGUGCUGCAUGCCAGCCAUGGGGUUGUUGGGAAUUACAGCCUUGCAUUAUUGUAAUUGCCAACUUAUUCUGCAGCACUGCACAACAUAAAUAUGUGUGAGAUAAAUAGAUUUGUGCUUAUUAGAGCUUACAAUCUAAAAGUGGGGAUACACUGGCUGCAGCCUGACUCAUGCUGGUGUUGCAGUGGCUGAAAGCUUCUAUAUUAUAAUGUGUUUGGGAGAAAGAAACCCUCCCAUAGGAGCGCUAAGUACAGGGGUUAAAUACCUGUCUGGUCACAUUAUAUUCUGAUUCCCAGAAUAAGUUACAUCAUUUACUAAAUUUGUAAUAUUAGUCCCUGUUCUUGGAAGGACAUCCUGCAGCAGAUGACAUUUUGUAUUCACUCCCACAGACACUUUUUAUAAAAAAAAAAAACAAAAUAACCUUUUUUUCCCCUAAAAUAUAGUGUUUUUUCUUUUGUUUUUAAUAUUCUCCUGACUUGUGAAGUAGAUUCUGUGCUUGUCUCUGUGCCAAACUCACGUCUCCAUUAGUCUCUGUCAAAAAUAUCACUGGCUCGAAGAAAUGAUAUUCUGCUUUCCCACAAGAUGGCGCCAUUAAACACAUUUUGCAUUUCUUAUUCUUAUUGGCACCAUUAUUGUGAGUAAAAAUGUUAUGCUGUCUAGAUUAUUGUAUGACUUACACAACAGAAUGAAUGUUAUUGUGCCCUAUGAAAGAAUUGUCCACUUCUUUUUACCCUGGGGGAAAAACUGUAAAUCAGAGGUAUCCACCCUGUGUCCCUUCAAUUGUUGACAUACAACUGCCAGCACAGUGGGUUAUUGGGAGUUGCUGUUGAAAACAACUGGAAGGCCACAGGUUGGGCGUAAUUUAUAUAAAUACAAAGGGGGGGCUUUGCCAUUGUACGUCAUUGUGCAGAGACAUUUCUUUCGUAUCAGAAGUGGCAGAGAUUUCUCUGCAGAAUGUACAGUCGGUAUUACAUAUCCAGCACACAAUGGACUUGGAGUGGGCAAAAUAUUGCACAUAUGCCACAGGUGCCACUUGGUCCUGAAAGUGUCAUAUUUGACCAUUUUGUACAUCUCAGUUGUACAGCCCCUCCAACAAUAUCAAUUGAUCAUUGUGAUUAUAUGUGAGUUAUUUUAUUACAGACAUUUACUGGGAAAGGGGACCCUCUUAGACUUUGGAUAGAGGGGGCCCAGCCAAAUACCUAAAACCAGUCCUGUUUGACUUUCCAUAAGCUGUAGUCGUAUAUAUGUGUGUGUGAUGAAUUUGGAAUAAUUUUACAAAGUUGUGUAUUUUAUUGCUGGUGUAAUGUUUUUAUUGUGUUUUUGAAAAAUGUGUAAUAAUCCCUAAUGUUAUUUAUGUCCGACUGUUGUAAGAACUGUAUUUUCUUCUUAAAAAGAACAUUGAUAAAGAACCCUUUAAAGCCUG